AUGUUCGCUAUGUCUAGUUCGAUGUGGUCAACUUGGUUGGUAUUCUUCUGCUGGUGUGCUAUAAUUCAAAUAGAAGGCAAAAGAUGGAUGUUAGUUGAUUCGAUAUCUUCAAAGGAAGAUUCACUGGCGAAUACUAGAAGUGCUGAACCGCACUGCAUGGAUGGAGUGAGAAGUCAAGAUGAGAGCGAUGUUGACUGCGGUGGAGAAACAUGUCCAAAAUGUAAAAUUGGAAAGCAUUGUAACGAAGAUUGUGAUUGCUCCACCAAUACUUGUAACAACGGAAAGUGUGCUGCAUUCGAAUCGUGCGAUGACAACAUCAAGAAUCAGGAUGAGACAGACAUAGAUUGCGGCGGUUCAAAAUGUCCGGCAUGUGAAGAUUCAAAAACGUGUAAAGAACAUAAGGAUUGCAACAGUGGCCUUUGCAAAAAGAAGAAAUGCGUUGCUGUUGAAUCGUGCGAUGAUAAUAUAAAAAAUCAGGAUGAGAGCGAUGUUGACUGUGGCGGUAUCAAAUGCCCACGGUGUGACCAUUGGAAGAAAUGUAAAGCCGAUUGUGAUUGUAUUAGCGAUUCAUGCAAGAACAAAACAUGUGUCGGAGCGGAGUCGUGUGUAGAUGGUAUAAAAAACCAGGAUGAAACUGAUGUAGAUUGUGGAGGCGACAAAUGUCCAAAAUGUGAAAUCACGAAAUAUUGCGACGAUGACUGUGAUUGUCAUAAUGCUAUCUGUAGAAAUCAUACUUGUGUUCCUCAUUGUGUUCCUGAAUGUCAGAAUAAUGGUGUUUGUACUAUUCAUAAAACUUGUAUCUGUCCAGAAGGUUUUACUGGUGUCAGUUGUGAAGUUCAGUCGGUUGGUUUGUGCCAUGAUAACGACACAUUCGGUGUGGAACCGAUACUCUCCAUCACAUUUGCUAGUGGUCGACCACAGUAUUCUCGAUCUAAACCGUCUGAAUUCAACUUUACAACAACAUACAAACAACGAUUUGAACCGGUGACCAACGACGGCAUGUUCAGCUUCAUCAAUUCCAUUCACAACGAUUUUCAUGGCGCGUGGCACACAGGUGCAAUCGAUCACACUGAAGACGAAGGUGGAUACAUGCUUUUAGUCAAUGCUGAUUAUCGACCAGGCGAAUUCUAUAAAGGACAAGUUGAUAAUCUAUGUAUCGGCUUGCGUUAUGAAUUCUCGGUAUACUUAGCUAAUCUUUGUAUACCACUUGAUCGAAUCAAACCCAAUGUUCGAUUUGAAGUUCGCAGUCCAUCGACAGGAAAUCAGCUAUUGGCUCAAUUGCGCUCCGGCCCAAUACCAGUUCAGAGGCAAUUAACCUGGAACAAGUAUGGUCUUUCGUUCGUAGCACCAAGCAGUUCCGUUGUUCUCUUGAUGAUUUCCGAUGCACCUGGUGGAAUGGGAAAUGAUAUCGUCAUCGAUGAUAUUGCGCUACGUGUUUGUUCACAUGAAGGCACUGGCUUCUGUCCACCAGAACAAUAA